AUGUCGCGGGAGGCAUAUCUGCCGCCAUCUUCGGCUGCCCGGGCUGCUACAAGCCAAGCUCGUGUCCACUCUCCCUCAGCAAGAUUCUACGCAAGACGUGCGUCUUACAGACCAGUCUCUCCACAGCUUCCCCGCGAGGAGGCUGACAAUACAACCGAAGUGCUCAUGAGAAGAAUACCAACGCUCUCAAGCACUAUCAGCCUUGCUUCAGAGCCACAUACGUUCAGAUAUCAACCGAGCUCAGUGAAACUGCCACAAGAAGCACGUUUCGAGGGCCAAAAUAUCGUCCACUUUCAAGUCAGUGGCAAACAUGGGACCUUCGACCAUUGUUGCUUUCACCUCGCAGUCGUGCCUCCGAGCAGCAAGAUCAUCAAUUGCACGAUUGACCAGACAGAAGGUCAACAAUUCUGCAGCCAGACGAGCCGCCCGAGAGAAGAUGAGAUGCACCUCUUCGGCCUUGGAAUUUUCGACACCAGAAUCAUCGGCGCCUCCCGCAUCUCCAAUAGCACCAUGCACGGUGGUGAAAUUACGAAUACCUCGACAAGGACUGUCGUCUGCAACGUUACCCUUAACAAGGUCAAUCUUCGUGGUGCCAAUGUCACCGCCUGCAACCUGGAAGACUGCACUCUCACUUACUGCGAAGUUGUCAACAGCAAAGUCACCACCUCAAAGAUCACCAGCUGCGACAUGGAAACUUGCACCCUGGAAAAAUGCACAGCGAAAUAUGAGCCUUCCAGGUACGAUGGCUCUCAGUACUUGACCAAGCCAACUUCUAUCAACAACUGCCACACUACCGAUUCGGAACUAAACAAUGUCUCCGUCGAAGGUGGAACGAUUGAAAGAAGCCACUUUUACUUAACCUGUACUGUAAAGAGAAGCGAUUUCAACGACUGUCGCUUCCACGGUGUCAUGCGGACUAAGGAUUGCACGUCAGGGAUGAGGGAUACCCAAUAUCUCAUUCAUUAUGCUGGAAAUCGCUACCUGGAUGACUUCGUGAGGCUUGGUUGGCAGCAGGUAAGCAGUCUUGCACUGAUUUGA